CUGACACGAACCGUUAUGUACAAUUGAGGCAUAAUGAAUCUUCGUUUCAGUAUUUUACUUAUAGUUUUUAGUCAUUUCAAUUACCACGCAAGCGGGGACGUCCAUCCGGCGUAUAUUCCAAAGCAAAUAAGGGAUAAAUAUGGCUCGGCGGAAAGUGACGGUGGAGGUGUGAAAACUUCCAAUGUCAAAUCGGCGUUUACUAAGGGAGGCGUUAAGGGUGCUGUAAAAGGUGGCGUGAAAGGUGGCGUGAAAGGUGGUGUUAAGACAGCACCUACAAAGACUGGUUAUGGAGGAGGCUCGUACGAUGAACCUGCGGUUAAGCACUCCUUCGAGAGGUUGCAAGCAGCCCCAUCCAACUAUAAGGGGGGGUGUACCGGUAUGCCCCCAACGCCCAUGAACUCAGGAAUCAGAUGUUCACAGUACAGCGGCUGUCGAGCUAACUGUAGGCCAGGUCACCAGUUUCCAAAUGGUCAGAAGCAGUUAUUCAUAACUUGUAAAGAUGGGAGAUGGUUGGUGGAAGGGACUGACUGGGUAGACGAGUUUCCACCUUGCGAGCCGGUGUGUAAUCCAGCAUGUAUGAAUAAUGGCAUCUGUGUUGCACCUGAUGUGUGUGAAUGCCUUGAAAACUUCUCGGGAAAGCGUUGCGAAAUUGAGAGCAAACCAUGCCUAAACCACCCACGAAUUUCAUACAACGCAAGGCGAACCUGCAGCUCUACAUCCUGUACGAUCACAUGCAUGGAGGGGCUUCAAUUCCCAGACGGUUCGACAACUGCAACUACGAACUGCAAGGGCGGUUCUUGGAUACCUGCCAACCCUCAUUGGGAGAGUAUUCCUGACUGUGAAGCGGUAUGCGAUCUUCCGUGCGAAAAUGGAGGCGUGUGUAUGUCACACAACGACUGCAAAUGCCCAGAAGAUUUCAGAGGACCUCAGUGUCAAUACAGUGCCGACGCCUGUUCCGCGAAAAAGUUACCAUUCAAUGGGGGUUACAACUGCUCUGGUGAUGGUGAAUCAUUCGGCUGCUCAUUAUCGUGUCCCGAAGGAAUCAAAUUUGAGUUCCCACCCGCUCCGGUUUACACAUGCUCAUAUGCUGAAGGAAAAUUCAAACCUGAGCCUAUACCCAAAUGCGUUUUUGGAUGUACCGGUAUGCCUCCGGCUCCCAUGAACUCAGGAAUCAAAUGUUCACAGUACAGCGGCUGUCGAGCUACCUGUAGGCCAGGUCACCAGUUUCCAAAUGGGCAGAAACAGUUAUUCAUCACUUGUAAAGAUGGGAGAUGGUUAGUGGAGGGGACUGACUGGGUUGACGUCUUUCCGCCUUGCGGUCCGGUCUGUAGUCCAGCGUGCCUCAAUAAUGGCAUCUGUGUUGAACCUGAUGUGUGUCAUUGCCCUGAAAACUUCUCGGGAAAGCGUUGCGAAUUUGAGAGCAAACCAUGCCUAAACUACCCACCAAUGUCACUCAACGCAAGGCGAACUUGUAGUUCUACAUCCUGUACGAUCACAUGCAUGAAGGGACAUCAAUUCCCAGACGGUUCGACAAUUGCAAAUAUGAACUGCAAGGGCGGUUCUUGGGUACCGGCCAAACCUCAGUGGAUGAGUAUUCCUGACUGUGAAGCGGUAUGCGAUCCACCGUGCGAAAAUGGAGGCGAGUGUUUGGCACUAAACGUCUGCCAAUGCCCACAAGAUUUCAGAGGACCUCAAUGUCAAUACAAUGCUGACGUCUGUUCUGCGCAAAAAUUACAAUUCAAUGGGGGUUACAACUGCUCUGGCGAUGGUAUAUCUUACGGGUGCUCAAUAUCGUGUCCCGAAGGAAUCGAAUUUGAAUUCCCACCCGCGCCGAUUUACUCAUGCUCAUAUGCCGAAGGAAAAUUCCAACCUGAACCCAUACCUCAAUGCGUUUUUGGGUCGCAUAUGGAAGUUACCAAUUUGCGAGGUCAUUCCUUUGACUAUAUGCUUCACGGACCAACUGGGGCAUAUACGUUUGAUGAUGUCAUAUUUGGUGGCAGACCCACUCCGAGAACUAGUUACGGACAUUACAGGGCCAUGGAAUCACCAGUGUUUAUGAGUGAUUCAUUUGCGAAUAAGGCCGCACCAGCGUCUUACGUUGCCCCGACUCAUAUAGUUCAGGUGACUCCUCAACCAGGAAGCUGUUUCACAUGGGGAGGAGCCCAUUAUAAAACUUUCGAUGGAAAAAUAUUUAGCUUUAAAUCUCAAUGUGCGUACACUCUGGUCAAGGAUACCGUAGACGACACCUUUAGUAUUACCGUGCAGAAUAGCAAGCAGUGCACUGUCAGUGGAGGAGAUUGCUAUAAAGUGAUACGAAUUUACCUGCAUGACAAGGAAUUCAUGCUGAAACAUACAGCUGAUGGAGCUCCAACAUUCGUAAGCGGAACUAAAAUAUUACCAAUACCGGGAAGAGUACCAGGUAUACGAGUGGAGAUGUCAGCGCAAUUUAUUAUUGUUAUUAUUGAUGCUGUCGGCGCCAAAAUACGAUGGGAUGGACAGCAAUUGGUCCAGGUAGAAGUGAAGGAAAGUCUGUGGAACCGUACGGCGGGGCUUUGCGGUCGUCUGGAUGGCGAUCCUGAAAACGAUAUGAACACCAAAGAGGGAAAAGCUCCAAAAAGCGUAAACACCUUGGCAUUAGACUGGCAGGUGGAUACAAUUGGAGCUACAUGUGACGAUCCACCCAUGUCCGACCAUCCAUGUAAGAGUGCAAGUACUGAAUUGGAGAUUCCACAGAAUGCGAUUAAGUUCUGUCGGAAGUUAUUGAGGGACAAGCGCUUUGCACCAUGCCAACAGGUAAUCGAGAGUCAGUUGUUGUUGGAAGCCUGCCGCUGGGACUAUUGUUCCUGUGACAGCCCAAAUUUAGGCGAUUGCGCGUGUAACUCCAUCAACAUGUAUGUCCGUGAAUGUCGCGCCAAGGGUAUUAAGGAUUUGGGUGAAUGGAGAGAUGAAAAUACUUGCCCCAUGACAUGUACUGGCGGAAGAGUCUACAAACCAUGCCAACCUAACGGUGGCCAACCUACUUGUGGAGGUAUAUCCGAAAUGCCCGAAGAAAGAGUGGAGUGUGAGGAGGGUUGCUAUUGUCCUGAAGGAAUGGUACUUCACGAAAACGAGUGUAUUUUGAAGAAGAAUUGCCCCUGUACAUACCGAGGCAAACAGUUGGCGGCUGGAACAAGUGUACCUAAAGGUUGCAAUACCUGCAACUGCAUUGAUGGAAAAUGGGAUUGCACACAGAUUUCUUGCGGUGCUCGCUGCUCGGCGCUCGGAGAUCCCCAUUACAUAACGUUUGAUGGAAAACGCUACGAUUUCAUGGGACAAUGCACCUAUUACUUAGUAAAACACAACAACUUCACUGUCGUCGGUGAAAAUGUGGCUUGUACUGGAACUAUUUCUGAAAUGAUGCACGCCCCCACAAUCCUCGCCGAUGAGUUACCUUCGUGUACUAAAACUGUGAAGAUCAUGAUGGACGGUCACACAAUUCAACUGAAGCAAAAUUAUGAAAUACUAAUUGAUGGUCACGAUGUAAGUAAAGUUCCAUUCAAGCUCGGGGGAAUUACCAUACGAGUGGUGUCUUCAAUAUUCCUAAUCGUUGAAUUACCAAACGGCGCUACCAUAUGGUGGGACGGCUUGACCAGAGCCUAUGUAGACGUACCCGCAUCCUUCAUGGGACAAACUGAGGGUCUCUGUGGUACCUUUAACAACAAUCAACAAGACGAUUUCAAAACACCCGAUGGCGAUGUCGAGCAGUCUCCAACUCCGUUCGCAAACAAAUGGAAAACCAUGGAAAAAUGUAACGACGUUCCAGACAGAAUAAAGUCUCAUCCGUGCACUGUGAACAUACAAAACAAACACGUAGCUGAACAGCACUGCAGUAUUAUAAAAUCUGAAUUAUUCUCAGAUUGUCACUUGUACGUUGACGCCGAAGCAUUUUACCAGGAUUGCUUGUACGAUUUAUGCUCGUGCGAAGGAGAGAUAUCCAAAUGUUUGUGUCCAAUGAUCUCAGCUUACGCGGCCGAAUGUGCCGAGAACGGUAUCAAAAUUAACUGGAGAAACGACGUGAAAGAGUGCUCGGUUCAUUGUCCCGGCGCCCAAAAGUAUCAAAUUUGUGGAAACACCUGUACCAGAACGUGUUACCAUAUUGCGACUCAUCCGGAUUGCAGAAGGCAGUGUGUUGAAGGUUGCAAUUGUCCCGAAGGUCAGGCUUUGGAUAAUGCAGGCGAAUGUGUUCCUAUUGGGCAAUGUGAGUGUCAGCACGAUGGCUUAACGUUCCCGGCCGGUUAUAAGGAAGUGAGGCCAUCUAAUAAAGCACCUGAGCUAUGCACGUGUGUUAAUGCCCAGUGGAACUGUAGACCUGCAUCAGAUGAGGAGGUUAAGAAAUAUCCGGCGGCAAGUGAUCUCAAAGCGUUAUGCAUGGCUUCGAAGAAUGAAGAGUUCACUACUUGUGAGCCUGCCGCGCCGCUUACGUGCAAGAGCAUGCACUCCCCUGAGGACGUCACAACCGCCGAGUGCCGUCCUGGUUGCAAAUGCAAGGAAGGUUUUGUUUUGGACACCGUCAGUAAAACUUGUGUAAGACCAAACGACUGCCCGUGCCAUCACGGCGGACGUAGUUACCACGAAAAUUCCGUGGUCAAGAACGACUGUAACAACUGCACCUGCGUACAUGGUCAAUGGAAGUGCACAGACCAUCAGUGUCCAAAAGAAUGCAGCGCUUGGGGCGACUCCCAUUACAAAACCUUUGAUGGUAAGGUGUACGAUUACCAAGGACAAUGCGACUAUGUUCUGGCCAAGGGCUUACUGGGGGAUGAUGAAUCCUUUGACAUCUCAAUUCAGAAUGUCCCAUGCGGUACACUCGGCGUCAGUUGUUCGAAAUCGAUCUCGAUCUCAGCAGGAAUCGGAAAGCACAAGGAGUGCAUUACGUUAACUCGCGACGCUGAUCUUCCCAAUACUAGCGAUUUAAAACGACUACUAUUACGCGAAAGUGGUCAGUACGUUAUCGUUGAGGAGCCCGAGCUUGGACUGCUAGUUGUUUGGGAUAGAGGAACACGAGUUUACGUCCGCCUAGGCACGCAAUGGAUUAAUAAGGUCAACGGAUUGUGUGGAAACUACAACGGUAAUGAAAUGGAUGAUUUCCAAACACCUUCGGGGGGAAUCACAGAGGUGUCACCUAAAAUAUUUGGCGAUUCCUGGAGACUGCAGCCAUACUGUCCUGGUGCGAUGGAAAUAGAGAGCACUUGUGAUAAGAGACCGGAUCGGCAUGUCUGGGCGCUGAAGCAGUGUGGUAUUUUAAAAUCAGAUUUAUUCGCUCCGUGCCAUUCAGAGGUACCAAUUGAUGGGUAUUUGGAACGAUGCGUCUUUGACACCUGCGCAUGUGAUCAAGGUGGAGAUUGCGAGUGUUUGUGCACUGCCUUGGCUGCCUACGCGUACGAGUGCAACAAUAAAGGAGUGCCGAUUAAAUGGAGAUCGAACAGAUUGUGCCCGAUGCAAUGUGAUAGUACUUGCUCCCACUACAGUCCGUGUAUGAGUCCUUGUCCAAUAGAAACCUGUGACAAUUCGUUGGUGUACGGCCAGACUAGCCAAACGUGCGCGCACGAGACGUGUAUUGAAGGCUGCCAAAUAAAACCAUGCCCACCUGACCACAUUUACACAAACUCUUCCUACUCAGAGUGCGUUCCAAGGACCGUUUGUAAACCUGUGUGUUUGGAGGAAGACGGGGAAACCUACUACGAAGGUGAUUUUAUGGACGGUGAUUAUUGCUCCUCUUGUUAUUGCUCGAGAGGCAAAAGGCAAUGCCAAGGGCAACCUUGUACAACAACUCCUGUACCUCAAACUGAAGGUAUGAAAUGCGAAUCUGGGUGGACUCAGUGGAUUAACCAAGAUAAGGUGCAUGGACCAAAGGGUGUUAAAGUGAAAACUCGAAAGAAGACAUCGAUAAAAAUGAAUGACGUUGAGCCGUUACCUGGACCAUUAAUCAUGUAUUCACUUUCGGGAAGCCAUUGCGAAAUCAAUAAUAUCACAGAUAUCGAAUGUCGUACAGUUGUCGGCCAUAAAUCACCCAAGGAGACCGGUUUCAAUGUCGAAUGUAGCUUGGAACACGGAUUGAUUUGCAUGGCAGAAAAAGGUGGCGAACCUUGUCCCGAUUUCGAGAUUAAAGUCAAAUGUGAUUGUGGAAUGUGCGAUCCUUCGGAUCCUGCAUCGGCCAUACAAGGCCAUGUUAUGGAUUGUGACAAGUACUACACCUGUGAAAUGGAUGUAAAUGGACCCGAAUUAAUUGAACAAUCCUGCGAUUCUGGGAAAAUGUUUAAUCCUUCCACACGUGAAUGUGACGAUCCCAGAGUUGUAGUUCGUCUACGUCCAGAAUGUGGCCCUCUCCCUACGUUGCCAGAGAUACCAUCCCCAGAACCAGAAGUUUCGUUGUGUCCAAAGGGCGAAGAGUAUAUGGAGUGCGCUGUGCAAUGCGAUAAUCUAUGCAUUUACUACUCGCACGUGUUGAAAUUGGGCGGGCGAUGCCAGAACGGAAUUCUAUGUGAAGAGGGUUGUAUAUCUGCGACUAAACAGAAGAGUUGUCCGCCGGGACUAUUUUGGGCAAAUAACCAUACUUGCGUUGAGAUGCAUGAUUGUAUGUGCGUUACAUACGAUGGCAGGCCAGUUAAGCCUGGUGAAAUAAUACACGAAUCAGAAUGUGAGAUUUGUCAAUGCGUGGAUAACUAUUACGUUUGUGACAAAUCGCAAUGCCGGCCUACUCCACGCCCGUUUAAUGGUGCAUUUCUACCUGCAGAUGUGAUGGCAAUGAUUACAACCGCAACGCCACCUCCACAGUGCCAUGCUCAAUUCACGAAACUUAUCAAUAACCACCAUGACCCUCUUGGCGAUGACGCUUUUUCGGCAAGUUCUUCACUGAAUAAACCGUUCUCGGCUAAAUUUGCUCGAAUAGUUAGCAAUCCCAAAAAAUCGGAACUAGGACGAAGUUGGUCACCUAAACAGUCAACGCCCUAUGAGUACCUUCAAGUCAAUUUAGGCCGCUUAGAACCAGUAUAUGGUAUUAUAACGCAGGGAAAUCCAGUAUACGACGAUUACGUCACCAGUUACAAAGUGAUGUACUCGCAGGACGGCGACAUGUUCCACUACGUUUUAAACGCCGACCAGGAUCCACAAAUAUUCAGAGGUUGCGUUGAUAGUGUUUCACCGGUUAAGCAAAUGUUUGACAUACCCGUGGAAGCCAAAAUAAUUAAAAUCAUGCCAAACACUUGGCAUGGAAGAGUUUCGCUAAAAGUUGAACUGAUCGGUUGCGAUGAGCAUCCAGAGGCUGACGCUAUGAUGGAAGUCAAAUCCACGCCCUCUCCUAUGUGCGAAGAUCCAAUGGGUAUCAGUAAUGAUAUGAUGAAUGACCAGCAAAUCACUGUGAGCUCUGAGUAUAAUUCGGAAUGUACCAAGCGAAACUUGGCCUUACAUAGCGGCCAUGGAUGGCGUCCAUUUACAAAUUCGCCUUCUGAAUGGGUUCAGAUCGACUUCUUGGAACCUCAAAAAAUAACUGGAAUCAAAACGAAAGGAGGAGAAAGCGGUUGGGUAACCGCUUUUAAAUUGAAAUAUUCUAAUGACGGAAAACAUUGGAACUCCAUUACAGAUGGAGAGAAUAACGAUGAAUUCUUUGCUAAUUUUGAUAGUGACUCGCCGAACGUCAACUACUUCGAUGUACCAAUCCAGGCACAAUAUUUGAAGAUAAUGCCGUCAAAGUGGUACGAAAAUAUUGAACUCAGAUUGGAAAUAAUUGGAUGCUUCGUUCCUUAUCCCAUCGUACCAUACACAACAACUGAACCCGGUCCUGUUAUCUGCAAUACUUGCCCCGAUGUACCUCAGCAAGAUUUGGAAUUUAACGCAUGUCAUUGUAAGAAGGACCUAUGGUGGGAUGGUGAAUACUGCGUGGAUCGGCGAGCCUGUCCUUGUGUAGUUGGACACAUAACGUACCCAGUUUCGGCGGUGUUUGAAAAGGAAGACUGCUCACAGUGUAUGUGUAAACUAGGAGGUGUCGAACACUGCAAACCCUUAACUUGCGACAAAUGUGAAGUUGGCCAAAGAAGUGUAAUCACCAGUACGUGUCAAUGCACUUGUCGACCAUGCCCAACAGGAACCAAGCUUUGUCCCACUAGCGGUGUCUGUAUCGACAGUGCGAGAUGGUGUGACGGAAUUGCAGACUGCCCAGAUGAUGAAGUCGACUGCGUUGAGGAACACGUAAAAUCCAAGUCGCGUAAACCACUAGAGAGUGCUGACAGGUCUUCAAAAGUUAAGCCAGCGUCAACAUGUGAAACUCCAUCUUGUCCGGAUGGGUACGAUAUAGUAAUUCAAGAACCCGCGACAGAACGAAUGCAAGCCGAUUAUGUUGACACCAUGUUUUCCUCUCCUUCCAAGUACGGCAGCAGACCCAGCGGCACAAAAGGCGGAACAAAAGGAGGCACUAAAGGUGGCGUAAAAGGACGAACCAAAAGUGCCAGAAUGAAGAUGCCUCAGAGAGUACCUUCAAAAACAAGCCAACCAGGAUUUGAAGUUGAGGAUAUUGCCCAAGAACCCAAAUGUCCCAUAUUCGCAUGCGUUUCAAGCAUGGUUAUUCCCGUAAGCAGGGACAUGGGCGAGCGAUCACAAGUAAAAUGCCCCCCAGCUGUUUGCCCACGAGGAUACAAUCCUGAAUUUGAAACUAAAAAGGGGGUCAAAUCCUAUGGAUGUCCAAAAUACUUCUGCAAAAUGAAACCGCGACAGGAAUCAAUCUGCGAAGUAACGGGGCGCACUUUUGUGACAUUUGAUAAGACCGAGUACAAGUAUGAAAUUUGCAAUCACAUUUUAGCCCGAGAUGUACAAAACUUCGACUGGGACAUAUCGCUUGUGAAGACUUGCGAAAAAGAAUGCGCACGCAACCUUAUCAUUAACCAUGAGGAACACACCUUCACCUUAUACCCAGAUCUCUCGAUCAAAUUCGACGGAUACAAAUACACAAUUGAGCAGGCGCAAAAAAUUGGCGAACAGUACGGAUUUUUCAACAUGAUGCGGCUUGGUGACACACUUGUUUUCCUAUCGAAUAAAUUCGGAUUUUGGGUCAUUUGGGAUCCCCAAACUAACGUAAAGAUAGGGGUAUCGAGAACGUUGCUCAAAAAAGUCGAUGGUCUGUGUGGAUAUUUCAAUGACGACUAUAAGGAUGACAAACGUACACCGGAAGGGAAAAUAGCAAAAACGACGGAAGAAUUUGGCGACAGUUGGGCAGAGGAGGAGUCUUCGCCAAUAUGCGAAGCAAAGUCUUGCAGUGCGGAUGUACAGAAUAAGGCGUGGGAGAUCUGCAACUGUGUCAAAGAGGAGAUCUUCGCACCUUGCGCAAGUGUAAUGAGCGUAGAUACUUUCAUCUCGUCUUGCUUGGAAACAGCAUGCACUUGCUUAGGAGCUGAGUUGGAUAGCGAGGAGGCUGAGGCUAAGUGUAAAUGUCAAGCUUUGCAGAACUUUGCUGUUAGCUGUUUGUCUCACAAGACCGCUGAUGAUCUGUUAGACUGGCGCGCCAAAUACGACUGCCCGGCUGUUUGUGAAGCACCGUUAGUGCACCAUGAUUGCUACAGACGACGUUGCGAGCCUACCUGCGGCGCUGCGGAUAAUUGUCCCAUAUUGGAAAACGUAUGCUUCCCCGGUUGUUAUUGCCCUCCUGGCUACGUGCGCAAGGGUGAAAAGUGCAUUUUGCCAACCGACUGCGGCGACUGUGACUGUAACGUGCUACCCCAUUUGCAAUACAAAACUUAUGAUGCCUCUAAUUUCACCGUUAACGGAAAAUGUUCAUACCUCAUGACGAGGGACGUAAGCAACGCUAAAGGAAAACACCAUGAUUUUGAAGUGAUAAUCCAGAACAGUCCAUGUGACAACCAAAAGACCAAAACCGCAAAAAUGUGCGUAGGCAAAAUCAUUAUUUUAUACCAAGGCGAUAGGAUUGUGAUCAGACGAGAUGUAUCGCACAACAAAUUGAAACUAUUGGUCAACAACAAUGCAGUAGGAAAAUAUAACACUAUCAAGGAUUGGGCAACAGUCAAAAUAUCGCCGCAGAAGCACAUGAAGCUCACGUUACACAAAAUACAAGUUUCGAUCAGCGUUUUCCACCCCACUAUGGGAGUUUCAGUAAAGGUUCCCUCGUACAAAUAUGGCGGCAAGCUUGAAGGACUCUGUGGAGACUGCGACUACGAUCCUAGCAACGACAAUAGAAUGCCAAACGGCAAAGAGGCCCCCAAUUUGGACGACUUGGUCGUAAGUUGGGCAGCAGACCAACCAUCAGAAGGGGUAAAGGGCAACCAAAUUUGUACGAAUCAACCGUUGAGACGAUGCACUGAACCAAUGGAAUUCGACCCUUGCAGCGAGUUGGAGGAUCACGAAAGAUACGGACAGUGUCAUCCUGUAUUGGAUCCGACCAUGUUCAUUGAGUGGUGUCGAGAGGAUGUGUGCAAUGGCUACUCUGAAGAUGCGUGCGAUGCGAUUUCUAUGUACGCCCGCGAAUGUGCGGCUUUAGGGGUUUGUGUCGAUUGGCAUUCCGGAGCUUGUCCAUCUGACAAAUGUCCGCUUGGUCAAGUGUACAAGACUUGCACUACUGAAUGCUUAAAUACGUGCGAGUCCAUUAAGGAGAAAGAGAGCGAUUGUCUUGAACCACUUUCGGAAGGCUGCUACUGUCCUGAUGGAAAAGUUCUAUACGAAGAUGAAUGUAUUAUCCCAGAAAGAUGUGACCCUUGUGACGAGGAAGGCCAUCGAUAUGGCGAUGCGUGGGUUAAAGAUCUCUGCACUAACUGCACUUGUGAUGGACAUAACGUCAUGUGUGAAACACAGCAUUGUCCAAAUGUAGUUACAGUUUGUGAAAAAGGAUAUAUGGUUAUAAAUGUUAGUAAUCCAAAUGAGUGUUGCGAGAAAUACGUUUGUGUGCCCAAACCCACGGAAGCGCCAACUUGUCCUCCUCCUCAAAUAUUAGAAUGCGCGUACGGUCAAAAAAUGCAACUAAUGACAGACGAUGAUGGAUGCCCGUGCUUCGUGUGCCAGUGUAAAACAAUAGAGGAGUGUGACCCUAUACCACCAACACUGGAACCUAUGGAGCCUGGUAUGGUGAGAGAAAUUGAUGACAGUGGUUGUUGCCCCAUUUGGUCCGAAACCUGCAAAGAAGAACUAUGCCCGAAACCUCCCGAAUGCGAAGAGUUCUUCAACCUUAAGACAUUCUCCGUACCACAAGUGUGUUGUCCUGGUUAUGAAUGCGAACGUCCCAAGUACAAAUGUAUAGUGACCCAACGAUUUGAAAAUCACGCGGAGGGCGGCGAACGUAUGAGAGGGUUCGAAGAAAUGAAGAAGGAGUUAAAGGAGAUUGGUGACCAUUGGAACGAUGGGCCCUGUCGUGUAUGCAAAUGCACUGUCGGCUCUGACGGAGAAGCGAAAGAACUGUGUACCAUCCUGCAAUGUCCACCCGUAAAUGAAGUUGCUGACUAUCAAGACUACGAGUUGGAAACGAUUCCAAUUCCUGGACAAUGUUGUCCGGAUAUUAAGCGGAAAUCGUGCAGGUUCCAUGGAAAGAUGAUCGAAAUGGGCGAAUUUUGGCAUCCUGAAAAUGAUUACUGCGCCCUAGUUGAAUGCGCAGAGAACGAAUUGCAUGGCGUUGAAAAGAUCAGUAGAUUUACCACGUGCGAAACAAGUUGCGAUUUUGGUUGGGAGUAUAUGCCGGCAACCUUGGAAUCGGAGCAAUGCUGCGGCGCUUGCCAACAAACGUCUUGCGUUGUCGAUGGAAAGUUGUACAAAAUCGGCACGCAUUGGACUUCCGCAGACUUUUGUACGAAAUGUGCUUGCGUGGACUCUAAUGGAACCGCCCAAGUCAUGUCGACGAUAGAAAAUUGCCCAAGAGUGCCAGACUUGGUGAAGGAACAUUUCGUUGUGAAGAGUAAGCCGGUUCAUGGUCAAUGCUGUGAGGAACACAAAAUUGUCGCGUGCAAAGUUGGUGACGUCAAAUACGAGGUUGGAGAAACGUGGCCGUCGCCGGAUGGGGACAAAUGUAAAACAGUGACCUGUGCUAAAAACCAACAGAACGAAUUGUACAAGCAGGAUUACAUUCAAACUUGCAAUACGAAUUGCUCAAAGGGUUGCGAGUACAGGGAAUCAGAAACGCAAUGCUGUGGCGAAUGUGUCCAAGUGGCUUGCGUAGUUAAUGAUUUCAUAUAUGAAGUUGGGGAGAAAUGGUCUUCUCCCGAUUAUUGUACGGAAUACAUGUGUGAUGACAGUGAAGGAUCGAUUCAAAUUCAAUCCCAUGUGAUUAAGUGCCCAACCCUUGCCGAAGAGCUGUUAGAAAAUUACGUUUUCGAGACCAGCCCUAUUCCUGGCGAGUGCUGCAAAAAACACACACCCACUGCCUGCAAGGUCGAUGACAACAUUUAUAGAAUCGGCGAAACUUGGCCGUCGCCUGAUGGGGACAAGUGCAAGAAUGUAACGUGCAUUCAAAAACCGAACGGCGGCUUGCAUAAGCUGGAACAGGUCCAAACUUGCAACAUCGAUUGUCCAAGGGGCUGCGAGUACAGAGAAUCCGAGUACCAAUGCUGUGGAGAAUGCGUACAGGUCGCUUGUAUUUUCGACGGCGAUCUCUACGACAUUGGAAAGCACUGGUCAUCUCCCGACUAUUGUACCAAUUACAUGUGCGCUGAUAUGAAUGGAACGAUCCAAGUGAAAUCGAAAGAAAUUAUUUGCCCAGAGCUUCCCGAAGAUUUAAUCGAAAACUGCGUGAUCGAAAGCACUCCUGUUGAUGGCGAGUGUUGCGAAAAACGCAGACCGGUCGCGUGUAAAGUUGGAGAUAUGAAAUAUGAGGUUGGAGAAACAUGGCCCUCGCCGGACGGUGACAAAUGCAAGACCGUAACAUGCGUGGAAAGUUCACCUGAGAGGCUUGUCAAGCAGGAAUACGUGCAAACCUGCAACCGAAAUUGCUCAAAGGGUUGGGAGUAUCGAGAAUCCGAAACGGACUGCUGCGGAGAAUGCGUGCAGGUAGCGUGCGUCUUUGAGGACCGCCUCUACCCGGUUGAUGAAGUCUGGUCAUCACCAGACUACUGCAUCCAUUACAAAUGCGUACAAGACGAGGGAGUUUGUAUUGUUCAAUCUGACAGAGAGAACUGCCCAGAAAUACCGAAAGAUAUCCAAAAGAACUUCGUAAUCAAAACGACUCCUAUUCCGGAGCACUGUUGCAAGAAGCACACUCCUGUUGCAUGUAAAGUUGAAGACGCCGAGUACCAGGUAGGAGAAUCGUGGCCAUCGCCAGACGGAGACAAAUGCAAGACCUGUUCAUGCGUUCAAAAUGAUGAUGGAUCAAUAAUGAAGCAAGACCAGGUCCAAACUUGCAACAAGAACUGUACAAAGGGCUGUGAAUAUCGAGAAUCUGAGACCGAAUGUUGCGGUGAGUGCGUGCAAGUCGCAUGUGUCUUCGAGGGUAACGUUUACACCGUUGACGAAAAAUGGUCAUCACCUGACUUCUGCAUCAAUUACUGCUGCGUAGAUCUCUCAGGAUUGAUCCAAGUCCAAUCUGACAAGGUCAACUGCCCCGAAAUACCAAAGGAGCUUACUGACAACUUCGCGGUAGAAAUAAGUCCGGUACCUGGCGAGUGCUGCAAGAAAUGUACUAAAGUCGCUUGCAAAGUGGGUCAUCACGAGUACAAGGUUGGAGAAACCUGGCCAUCUCCCGAUGGUGAUAAGUGCAAGACGUUUACCUGCGUCGAAUCCCAUCAUGGCGAAAUGUCCAAAGUCGAGCAUAUAGAAACGUGUAACAAGAACUGCAAACUCGGCUGGGAGUACCAAGAGUCCGAAACGCAAUGCUGUGGGGAGUGCGUACAAGUCGCCUGCGUAGUUGAGGACGCAAUCAGGACACCUGGCGAGAAUUGGACGUCGCCAGAUGGGUGCACCACUUUCACGUGCGAAAAAUCAUACGACCAAUUUACUGUUGCAUCACAACUGGAAACGUGUCCAAACAUCGAAGAUUGUCCUGCCCAAGAUAUUUACACUCAAGGCUGCUGCCAGCUGUGUAAUUACACUCGAAUGGCCUUAGUAAACUGCAUUCCACAAGAAAUGUCACUGGACAGGACCGUGGGGAUAGUGUCAGCGCAACGUGGCGUCCACGGCAAUUGUGUUAACAGGCAACCAGUGCACGGUCUAACCGAAUGCGUCGGUUCAUGCUCUUCCUCAAUGAUGUACAAUAUUAAUCUGGGUUCACACGAAUCGGUGUGCACGUGCUGCCAGGCCCUUCAGCAUGACUCUAUAAUCGUACCUCUAGAAUGCGAGGAUGGUUACAUUUAUAAAAAACAGAUAGCGGUUCCGUCCAUUUGCGGAUGUGAAGGAUGCAACGGACAACGGUCUAACUCUAAAGGGUCCACGAGAAAAGGAAUCUCUUACACAGCCGUUAAAGGAUAAUGUGUUAGUUUCUAAGUUUGUUACUACGUUUUUUAUUGUUUCGUUGACAGUGCAUUGAGAUUAUAACGCGCUUAGUUUUUUGAGUUGUAUUUAUUGAUAGUUAUUGAAAAUUAAAAACGAUGAAGUCUUA